UCAAUCUUAUAGAGUUGAAAAGAUUAAAAAAAAAAAAAGAUGGCAUACUCAAAAAUCGUUAUUUUUGCCAUCCUAGCUCUGCCUCUUCUACUUUCCGGUGCUGAAACAAGAAAGGCUGUGUUGCCUGGCAGCGAAUUAUUCAAAAUGUGUUGCAAAAAUCAGCCAGAAUUUGGAACUUGUGAUACAAAAGAAGAUGAUGAGAGAUGCACCCAGAUGUGUCUCGAUGGUUGUUCCACUAACAAAGGUGGUGGCUGUCAACCUAUCUCUGCUGCCCCUGGUUCUGUUUGUUCAUGUUACUGUUAAUUCUUCUUCUCCUUGGCUAGUUGGCUUUAUUGAUUGAUAAAGGAAAACUAUAUUUCUUUAUGUAUCUAUCUUCAAAGGAAAUAAUAAUGAAAAUUCUUAUAUAUA